CUACAUGUCAACAAACAAUUCGCCAGCUGGCGAGGAAUACUCGUGAAUUUACUUCAAAGUUUUCGGAGUAAAUAAAGCUUCAAGGGAGACCCCAUGUGAAGACAGUGAUGCUAACAGCGAUUACAAGAAAUAAUGUUCUGAAGACCAGCCAUACUGCCUCAUAAUGUCUUGGGCGCAUUUUUUUUCACAGCGGUGAAUUAAAUCAUAACAUAUCAGCAUGGGCAUGGAGGCGUACACUGUGGUGGGGAGGAUUGGUGAGGGUGCCCACGGGGUGGUGGUGCGAGCUAGACACAACCUGACAGGGCAGAUGGUGGCACUAAAGAAGAUCCCACUGAGAAGGCUGGACCAGGGUAUGCCAACCACGGCACUCAGGGAGAUAAAGGCACUACAGGAGAUCAAUUCCAAACACGUGGUUCGUCUGCUGGACGUGUUCGCCGAGGGAGCCGGCUUCGUUCUGGCCUUCGAACUGAUGUUGGGUGACCUGGGCGAGAUGAUUCGGGACGCCACACGACCUCUGACGCCGGCCCAGGUCAAGACAUACAUGACGACGCUGCUCUCAGGCGUCGCCUUCCUACACCAACACAACAUUAUGCAUAGGGACCUGAAACCUGCCAACCUGCUCAUCAGCGAGACAGGUCAACUGAAGAUCGCUGACCUUGGGCUGUGUCGCGUCUUUUCCAAGCAGGGGAAGAGGCUCUACUCCCACCAGGUGGCAACACGGUGGUACCGGGCACCUGAACUACUCUACGGUGCCCGCCACUACGACGAGGGGGUCGACCUGUGGGCUGUGGGAUGUAUCUUCGGUGAGAUGAUCAACAACUCUCCUAUCUUCCCGGGAGAGAGCGACAUAGACCAGCUGUGUGUGGUGCUGCAGAUCUUGGGAACACCUAGUGAAGCUACCUGGCCAGGUCUCUCCCGGCUCCCUGACUACAAGAAGAUCACCUUUCCCGAGUCCAAGCCAGUUCCCCUUGAACAGGUACUACCAGAUGCGCCGCCAGAUGCAAUUGACCUCAUCAAGAAAUUCCUCAUCUACAGUACCAAUAAAAGAAUAUCAGCAAAGAAGGCUCUGCUUCACCAGUACUUCUUCACGGCACCCCUGGCUGCUCCAUUGCACCAGAUGCCAGUGCCGUUACUGGAGAAGAAGCAGCCACCAGCCACUCAGGAGUACAUGACAGACUUCCCGCUUCACCACAUCACUGAUGCCAUCCAUAACCAUUUGGACACACUCUACAUGAAGGGAUAACCAUAUCUUUUUUUAAUAUCCACAAUGAAAAUGUCGAACUUAAAUCUGAAUAUCAAUACCCUGUAGAUAUUUUUUUAACACAAUGGUUGUCUUCCACUAAAGUUCAAUACCUUUGUAACUUGCUCAGCUAUCAAACUUUGGGGCCCAGUCCCUGGACCCAUUAUGUACCUCUGUAAUCUUUUGACUACCGCCCACAGGAUGGGUAUGAUGGGGUGCAUAAUAAAGAUAUUAAACUAACUUCCACCAAUGCAGGGUUAGCCAGAAUAGAGGAAAUAUAAAGUUUUUCUUCAUUUUACUUUUAGUAAUUUAUUCUGGCAUUUUAGUUGUCUGUUAUGACAUGCAUGGCUUAUGGAGGAAGGAUUUUUUCUCCACUCCCUCAUGGAGAUAAAUAAUAGGUAGUAGGUUGGUAGACAGCAACCACCCAGGGAGGUACUACCGUCCUGCCAGGUGAAUGUGAAACAGAAACCUGUAACCAGGAUUGCUGGUGUCUUUUUUUCCGUCUCAUUAACACGCUGGAUAACAGGUAUAUCUUGCUACUUCUACUUACACUUAGGUCACAUUGUACAGGCAUGUACAUGCAUAUAUGUACAUACACACACGUCGUAUGAGGCGACUAAAAUGCCGGGAGCAAUGGGCUAGUAACUCCUCCUCCUGUAUACAUUUACUAAAAAAGAGAAUAAGAAAAACUUCAUAAAACUGGGGUGCUUGAAUGUGCGUGGAUGUAGUGCGGAUGUUAAGAAAGACAUGAUUGUUAAUGUUAUGAAUGAAAAGAAGUUGGAUUCUCACAUUGGUCUCCAGAUGCUUUCAAGAGGAAGUAUUACAAACCUGAGUUGUCAGUUAGCAGUUCGAGAACAGUAAUAUGAAAAAAAACUUCAUUUGAUCUUUAUUGACACAAGUCAGUCCAUCUAUCAUCAUUCCAUCAUGCAGGAAGAGCCACAUGUCUAUGGUGCAUCCAACAAGAUAAGCAGACUCUUGGAUGUCACUACUGCCCGGCUCCGGCUGGGUUACAAGUAUCUUUGGCAGGUUAAAUCACAACCACCAGAUGUAGACAAAACGAAAUGUAAACUUUGCCAGAUGGACUUUUGUCACACCCUGCGAUAAAAUUAAUGAAUUUAGAGACAACUCACCCAGAAAUGUUCCAGAAAUGG